AUGUCCAAAUACGUCCUGACAGGAGUAGGAGGGAACCUAGGCACCAUCGCCGCAAACUACGCCCUAGAAAUCGCCCUAGAAGACACAACCCUAGUCUUUACAACAUCCAACCCAGAAAAAAUCGCCCCAGAUACCCUGCACAGUUGGAAAGAAAAAGGCGCCACUGUCACGGUAGCCAGCUACGACGACGUAUCGAGCCUAGAGAAAGUCUUCGCGGGCGCCGAAGCCGUAACCCUAAUCUCAACCUGGUCUUUCGGCCGACGCGCUCAACAAGCACAGAAUGUAAUUGCAGCCGCGAAAAACAGCGGUGUUCGCCGAAUCUGCUAUACAUCCUUCGUCGGCGCAGACGACCCAGCACCUCGAAACGAAAUGCCCUUCUUACCGCGCGACCACAAAGAAACCGAGGCGUUGAUCCGUGAGUCUGGACUGGAGUGGAAUAUCCAGCGCGAUUACCUGUAUAUGGAUAACAUUCCUAAAUUCUUCGCUUCGUCGUGGAAGUUCUGUGGGGAGCGGUGGCUGUGUAAUUCGCAUGGUGUUCCUGGUGCAUACGUCGCCAGUGAGGAUUGUGGACGGGUUCUUGCUGCGCUGUUGCUUGGUCGUGGUGAGCCGAAUAGUGUGUAUGAUAUUACCGGGCCUGAGGCUGUGACCGAUAAGGAGGUUUUCGAGUGGAUGUGUGCUCAGUCGGGGUAUCGGGGGGAGUUUGUUGAUUUGCCAGAUGGGGAGUUUCGGAAGUGGUGGCUUGGACGGGGUUUGCCGGAUGAUGUUUCUGGGGAUUUUUCGGGGAUUCCUAUGAAGCUUUGUAUUGAUGAUUUGUCUUGUUGCGGCGAGAUGGUUGCUAGGGGGUAUAUGGCUAAGACUAGUAAUGCUGUCGAGGAGCUUACGGGUCGGAAGCCUUUGUCAUUCCGGGAGGGUUUGUUGCAGUACAAGGGACUAUUUCCUUGA